AUGACCAAGAACAUCUACGGAAUAAUCACAAUCGCCGCCUUGGUCUCCCUCAUUCACUGCGCCUAUUCGGCCGCCCAGGUAAUCCAAGAUCGAGUUGAAAGGAAAUAUUUGGAUAUUUCAGCACCGUUUCUAUCUGCGGCUCACCGAGCAGCCUUUCGUCACCCUUCCCACUGACGUUAUCGUCCAAACUUUGCUUUCUUUGGCGGCUUUGAUCUACGGUGCUGCCUACAUUGCCGGCUCCUUCCAGUACAUCAAGAAAGAUCAAGUACGGAUAAAAUUAUUAUUUUAGAGAGGUUUAAGCAUUUUUUUUUAUUCUUUGAUGUCUUGAAGCGGGAUGUGUAAAAAGAUGAGCGAAAAAUUGGCCCCCAAACUCUUCAUUUUUCAUCAUUUUUCCUAUUCCAAUGUUUCAGCACCACGACAGAACAUGCGACGAAGCCCUCAACUGUCCGUCUUUCAUCACCUUCGAGCAUCGGGCAAAGGCCAUGUCGCCCGGUUUCUACGUCCUCAACAACCUUCGUCAGGAGGUUUCUUUUCCUUGAUCGUUGUAAUUCAUUGUUUAAAGACUUUUUGUGUAACUUUUUUUUGAAAAUAUUAUGAGUUUCAGCGCAAUUCUCGCACGAUUUCCACCGGCGCAGCUUCCUCGACAGAGGGGGUCGAAGUCGAGACGAAUUCGACCACGGACUCCGACUCUUGAACCAAAAACCCACGAAAAAUCUUUGCUCCCUCGGGUCUCCUACUUUCUCUUUUCAGCUUACCUUUUUAUUCUCUCCGUUGUCAUCUCGAGCUUUAUCCUCUCAUGUUUUACAUAAACAGUGCCGUUAUUUUUCAACUCCGCCAAAGUCAAAAACGUCUCCAUUUUCUGAAAAUCUGCCCAAACCUGACUUCAGUCAACUUCCUGGUGCCAGGUACGUCUUUUCGAUUUCUUUGCUUUGAUUUGAUUUCGAUAUUCAGGAUCCCCAAAUCUGCUGCUCAAAAAACUCGUGUCCUUGAAAUUAGCCAAGCCCAAGCUGAUGAAGCCUUCAAAAAUUGUCUAGAAGUGCGUUGAAUAUAACAGAAAUGAAGAAUCUAGUUGAUAUUCAGCUUGUUCGUACUCGAGAUGUCGACAGUUACAUGUCGAUCCUGAUGAUGCCCAAAAAAGUCCAACCCGAGCUCAUUGCGGUGCGUUUGGGGUCCGAGGCAAAUUAUAUUCGUUUCAGAAUGAGAAGAAGUUUGAAGGAGUGAGAGAUUGUAAUCAUAAUAAGUGAAAUUAGUGGAAGCCCCAACGAUGUGACGAAAAUUAUAACCAAUAUAUUCAGAUUUUGUUUUUUUCAUAAGAAAUGUGGAGUUUUCCGACUGCGAAAUACAAAAAAAUGAUAGAAAAAAAUCAAAAAGAAAAAAAUUUCGUUGUUUUUUUGUAUUUACUAAAACCUUUUUUUAUUCAAGUGAUGGACAUUUUUCGUUCAAAAUAAUUUUUAAGCGGUUGUUUCAGUUGCACGCAUUCAACGUGGAACUGGCGAUGGUCCGCGACAAGGUUGACGCCAGAAAAGGCGACACCACGGGGAUGUACCGGCUGCAAUUCUGGCGCGACGCCAUUUCUUCCAUCUACGCACAGUCGAACCUCCCCGUGCCGCGGUUUGCCUUUCUCUCUCAGCCACAAUCCGAAUUUCUCCUGAUCCAGACAGCCCGUGGCCAUAUCUCUCUGCGCCUUUGCUCCCAACGCUCGCCAUCAACUCUUGCAAAAACUCGUCGAAACUCGACAGUCGACCAUCGGCGACAGACCUUUCACCACUACAAAAGCGGUUAGUUUUUGGAUUUUAACCAUUUUUUUAUUGUUUUAUUCAGUGUUUCAUUGGUAGUUUGUGUUAAUUUUACUCAUAAUGGUGUUUUAAUGAUCUAAUUAGCAACUCCAGAGUGGUCCUUAUAGGGACCUUUAACGGCUCCCUUCUAGAGAAGACUUUAUCUCAUCAUAUAGGGGCCACUAAUGAUUGAGUGGUCCAUAGAGGGUUUCUUCCUAGGACCUAUAAGGGCUACUCUGGCGUCCCUCAGUAGGUUAGGUUUUAAUUAUCCAACAAAACCUACACGAAAAAAACGAAAACUUUCGUUCAAAUUUAUGAUUAUUCAGUAAUUUCAAAACAAAUCAAAUUUACAUUUUCAUUCACAAUUGUUCAGUUGACCGACUACGGUCGGUACACUACUGGUUCUCUGCUUACCCUCCAAUUAGAAGCUCUGGCCCGUCAUCUGAAAAUCGAGGCUCUCCCUCAUCUUGAUCACGUCUGCGCGGAUCUCGGCGCCGCCUUCGGGGUAGCGAACUUGAUCAGGUUAGUUUUUGAAGCAUUUUUUACGGUGAUGAUAGAUUAAUCAUUGGGAGGAAAUCGGAAAGUCAGAACCUUACAACUGGAAAAGCUGGGUUUUCAUUGUAGUUUCAAAGCUAUGCGAUUCAAAAAACGGAAAAAACUCCAGAAAAUGAAUUUCAGACGUUUUCCGACAAACUUUGGGUAAAACCGACACAAAAAUUUUUUGCUCCUUUCAAAGUUCAAGCUAUGAUUUGGAGGUCAACAUUGCCACUUUUGUCUCGAGGCGUUGUCCUGCUGCCUUCGGAUCUGAUGUCGCUGCAUGGCGUCACUGCCGACUCCAUCUACAACAAGAAAAAGCCGCAGGAGACCAAAGCGCUCAUCAAGGAUUUGGUCAAGGUGAAAUCAUCAAACCAAAAAAAAAGUGUUGUUCGGAAAAUGCUCUAGGUUUUUUAUGGUUUUUUAUUGCUUUUUUGUUUACUUGUUGAUAUGAAAUCUAUCAAAUUGUUGUUUGAAAAAAAAUUGACUAAGGAAGGCAAUUUCAGGUAGCGGACUCGUACUUGUCGUCGGCGCGUGGGAAAACAAGAACCGUCCCGACAGCGCUCCGACCUGCCCUUUCCGGCGUCGCUGCCAGUACAGACCACAUCCUUCGGGUCCUGAAGAAAGUUUGAAGUCUCUUUAGUCCUCAAAUUCAUUCGAAUCGUCUUCAGAAGGAUUUCGACGUCUACUCGCCUCAUCUACAGCGCCGAAAUCCUUUGAUUUUGUGGCGGUUAUUAGCCCGAAAGCUUACCGGAACUUUUUGA